UAGCAUUUAUAGUUACUCUUGCUUACAUUUUUUUCCAUUACAAUGUCUUCUUACCUAAAAUAGAUUAAUUUAAUAAAAUUUUAGAAGAAAUUGUAGAUCAAAUAAGAAAGAAAUAAGAUUAAGCUUUUUUAAGUUAAAACGAAGCAAAUUAGUAAUUAAAUUAGGAAGUAUUUUGGUUUUAAAAAAUAAACAAUUUCUUUAGUAAUAAGUGCUUGGUGAUUACUUAGUUAUUAGUCUUUGUAUCAUAUUUUAUUUUUGAAGGGUUUUUUAUUUAUAAAUUAAGGGAAGCAAUAGUUUAAGUUUAAAUUAAUUAAUUUAAUCUACUUAUAUCAAUCUUUCAUAUUGCUUUUCUUCCUAUAUUUUUGAUACUUGGGGUUUGUGUUAGCAGCUCCAGUAUGAGCAUUAAAAAUAAAAUGUUACUUUAUCCUAUUAUAAGUGGAGUUCUCUCUAUUUCAAUUAUGAUGCCUGCAUAUAACUAUUUGAAUAAUAUAGAAGAUUUACAUUAUAUAAGCUACUAUCCUAUUAUAGGAUUGCCUUUUAUCUUCAUCUUUUGGCUCACUCUCAGCCUAUUUGGAUACAGAUAGAGGAAAAGAUAUCUCUAUUCUCUUACUUAUUUUUUAACAUUUUUUAUAAUACCUAUCUGGAUAUUAGCUAUAGCUAAAUCAAAUACUGGAUUCUUUGAAUAAAAUAUUUAAGCAGUAGCAGUUUCUUUUACUCUCUUAUCGAUAGGAGCUCUCAUACUAGUAGUAUAUGGAAUAUUAAGUAUAAUUUAUCUAAUAAGCAAAUCUCUCAAAUUUGAAGAUGUUUCAAUUCAUACUUUCUUGAUUUAAAUUAAAUAUUACAACUUUGAAAGUUUUUCCUAUUUUAUUAAUGCUUUCUGCUUUAUUAUUGGGUAUAGUCUGCUUUCUUAUGGAUUAUAUGAGAAACCUGAUACUGUAACUCCAGAUAAAAAAGGUUUUUUGUAUUGUCUUCUAACGGUUUUUCCUCUAAUUUUCAUCAUGCUUAAUAUAUCAAUAAGGAUUCGUGCUUUUGAAUAAUAGAAUUAUUUAAACAACGAUUAUUUAACAACUGAAGAAUAAAAUGAAUAGCUAAAUAAAAUAAAUCAAAAUAAUUUGAUUAAUAAAUUAAUGAUUUUCUCAACGGUUUUGAUAUUGAUUGUUACACUUCCUUUGCUAUUCAUAGUUAAAGAUAGACAGUACUUUAUAUACCUUAUUAGCUUAAUGUUUAUUCUACCUUUCUUUAUAGGAGUUUUUGCCAUUCUAAAGCGUGUGAAAGAUAGCAAUCCUUCCUUUUAAAGGUUUUUGACUCCUUUUCUAAUUAUUAUCAGUUGGCUAUUUGCAAUAUUACCAUUUAUUGUUAUUGUACCAGUUAUUUCUCUCUUUAUUGAUAGCAAAUCAGAUUAAUAUGGGGUAUUUUUAAAAUAUACCAUAGCUUGUGGUGCUAUUUUAAUAAUGUUAGGAGUUACUGGAUUUACAAUAUUUUUUCAUAUAGUUCUUAAUAAAAUGGAGCUAGAUAGGAUUAGAAGAUACAUUGUGUACUAACUUUAGUUUAUGUUAUUUCAUAAUGCUGUGAAAUCAACUUUAGAAAUUUUACAUCAUUUAUUGGAUGUGUUUAUGAAAGAAAGAAAUGAGUCAAUAUUUAAGGAAUAAAUGCUUAGGGGAAAGCCAGUUUUUUGGAUACCUUUUACAUCUAAAAAUGACCUAAACUACAGUAACGAAAUUGUUACUACUAUUGAAUACAAAAGAUUAAAUGAAAAAAAUUAAUCUAAGCGAAAAGAAUAAAGCAAGAGAACUUGCAUUUAGUAUAUUUGCUGCUUGCAAAGUAAUAUUCAUGAAGUUAAAGAAGAUGACUAAAUAAUAAAAAAAGAAGAAAGCUAAAAAGAAAUAUUAGAAAAUUUAGAUGAUAAAUUAGAAAUUUUAGGUAAAAAUAGCAGCGGCAUUGAAGAAGAAGAUGAAGAAGAAAUUAAAAACAUAGAUUAGUUUUUGUUUCCUUAUAUGUUGAAAGUAAAACAUUUUUAGGAUAAUAUUGAGCCUAAAUUGUUAGAGAAAAUAGAGAAAAGAAAUAAAUAACAUGAUUUAUCUCAGAUAGAUAAAUCUAAAAAGAAUGAAUUUACAUCUUCCAAAUCAAAAAAUCUAUUUUAAAUUUCUAAUGAAAAUGCUCUCGAUGCUAAUACACUAUCAUACAAUGAACAUUAUUUAAAUGUAAAAGAAAAUGAGAAUGCAAAACUUGAAUUUUUUCAUCAUAUAUUUUAUCAAUUUUCAAAUAAUGAUAAUCACGAGUAUGAUGAAGAAUUAGUUAUCUAUUAUGAUGCAUUGUAGUUUGUUAGAAUAUCAAAUAUGAAUAUAAAUGAAUAAUUCUUAUCAUGGGCUUUUGAUUAAAGUGCACAGGUAAACUGGAAUUAUAAAACCUUUGCAAUGGACAUGAAAGGAUUUGCUAUUUUCUUAUAAAAACUUACAGCUAAUUUUUAUAUGGGAGAAGAUUAAAAAACAAUAUACGACUUAUGUGUAGAAUAACUUUAUUCUAAUAUUAUGGGUAACUGUCCAGAGGUGGCAAUUAAUUUUAGAAUGUAACAUAGAACCUUUGAUUAAGUAUAAAAGAAAUGGGAAAUAAUGCUUAAAGAUUCCCCUUUUAGAAUAUCUAGCAAUCCAGAGCUGUAAAAAAAUCUAAAUGCAUCAUUGAUAAGCAAUACAUUUGAAAAAAGUUUAUAUGAAAGAAAAAAUAGGCUUUUAUUCAGUGGAUAUGAUAAUCAGGCUAAUAACUAAAAUAAUCAAAAAUAAGGAGAAGAACAAGAAAAAAUAUAAAAUGAUAAAGGUUCUUCGUUCUCAUGCAAAUAAUGUAUCAAAUAACUUGGUACUCUGAUAAAAAAAUGUUUUUGCUAUAUUCCAUAUUUGAUUAAAAGCUCUAUCCAAAGCUCUAAAUCUGAAGAUUAAGAUCAUUUAGAUUAGUUAGAGAAGCUUAAAUUAAAAAAUUUGGUUAAGAGAAGAAUAUCUCCCUCUUGGGAAACUAUCGUAGACCUAACUGUAAUCACAAUAUAAGAUUCUGAAAAUAAGUACAAUAAACAAAAAUAGAAUACGGUCUAUAAGGUCAAUUUAAAUUUAGGUAACAUUUUAGUUAUUAUAGAUCGUCUCUGUGAUAGCUAUGUCUUUUUAAGCGUAGCAAUUAACAGUUCUAUCAAGUGGUCUCUCCUCUCAGAUUUUGAAGCUGAUUUAUCUUCUUAUUCAAUAUUUGAUGGGAAAAAUGGAAAUGUUUUAGGCUAUGAUUUCUUUUUUUGGCUUUCACUGGGUUUUUCUUUGAUAUAUGGAUUACUUAGUAUAAAAUCUUUGAAGUAUUUAAAAAAUGAAACUCUAGGACUAGAUAGUAGUGGAUAGAUAGCUACCUUUCCUCAUCCACAAUUUUUUUUAGUUAAAAUCAUUUAAAUUAUUGGAUCAAAUCUUUUUUUUCUGAUAAUGAGAACUUUCAUUGAUAGCUUUGUGUGUAAUUGGUCUUAAGUUUAACCUUGGUAUUUAGUUAGAGAUAGUAGUAUUAUGUGUUUUGAUAAUACUCAUUACAUUCAUAUGUUUUUUGCUCUAUUUGGUUUACUGAUCUACUAUCCAUUUACAACCUUUAUAUUUCCUAAUAUUCAAUUCAUUUAGAAAGCAACUGACUUAAAAUAUCAGCCUUCCUUUUUAGUUUUAUUUUAAUAAGGUUAGCUAAUUGUAUUAGGGGCAACUAGCUUUCUAAGAAGUGAAGAUAAUAGUAGCUUUUACUUGAUUUCUUGUCUCUCUAUUGUAAUUGUUAUUUAAGUCAUAAAUAUUGCCUUGAUUUUAAAAGUUUGGCCUUGUACUGUAAACUGGUGGAACAUAGUAGAUAUAGGUUUACAACUUACUAUUGCUAUUGUAUGUAGCGGAGCUUUAUUUAUAUUUAUAACUAAUUAAUCUAAAAUAGGAACUAUUUUAACAAUAGUUUUUCUAUGCUUAACUAUUUUAGCUACAUACAUUUUUAGUCGUAAAAUGUAUAAAAUGCAUGCCUCUCAGUCAAUUAAAUAAUAAAUAGUAGAUUUGCCAUAAAUUUAACUUUCAAAAAAUAGAUUCAAAUAAAAAAUUGCUCCUCUCAAUUAAAAUCAAUAAAAAUGAUAAAAAAAUUAACUUAAAUAAAAUAUAUUAAAUUUUCUAAUAUUUUAAAUUAUAAAUAAUACAUUAAAUUCUCUUAAACUUUAUCAUAAGAUCUUCAAAAAUCACGUUUGAGAAAAAUUAUUUCAUUUAAAAAAUUUUGAUUUUUGAGGAUUUAUAAAUAACAAAUUAAAAAAUAGUUAUCUACUGAUACAAUUUU